AUGACGUCACACCCAUCGGAUAUUCUGAGCGCGUCGAACGUCAGGCGGUUUAAAGAGGAGCAAAGAUGGCGGACAACAAAGGCCAAGAUUGUACUGAGAGCUCCGCAAAUAUGGAGGUAGGGACUUCGGGAACAGAAGAUAACGGAGACAGCGGCUCAAAGGACCCAGACGCGGUGAUUUUAAUCGACUCGGAGCCGAAGGAAGGAGCAGACGAGCUCAAGUCUCAAGAGACCGUUCCCCAAGCGCUGACGACAUCCAGCAGCGGCGGCGGAGCUACAGACGGGACCCCAAAUACCGAGAGCACCGAGCCUCCGCCGCCUCCUCCUCCUCCUCCUCCUCCUCCAGCGGACAGCACCGCUGCUGGCGCAUCACCCGCUCUCAUUAACGAGAUGUCGCCUCCACCACCAGCAUCCUCAACCUCCUCCUCUUCAACCCCUGCCGCCCCGAUAAACCUACUGGAUACGUGCGCUGUGUGUAAACAGAGUCUCCAGAACCGCGACUGUGAACCCAAACUCCUGCCCUGCCUGCACUCCUUCUGCCUCAAGUGCAUCCCGCAGCCGGAGCGAAAGAUCACCGUCCCGGUGCAAGGGCCCCAUGGACAGGACACUCGUAUUGGUAAGUUAGGAAAAGGGAAGUUAGCUUCGCCAGUUCUGUCCCCAACUAUUCUGUCCCCUAUUCUAGUUCUGUCCCCGACUAUUCUCUGCGUGGCUAUGAAUGCUAGUGUGACCAAAGAGAGGAGUGUGAAGCUGCUAAGCCAACAGAGGGACAUCAGCUGCCUGGCCCAGCAGAUCAUCCAUGUGCUCAACUUCACCAACUGGGCCAUCAGCAAUGGAAGCAGCACAGCCCUGCUCUACAGCAAGAGACUGAUCACAUACCAGCUGCAUUUCAUUAUGAAGGCCCGUGUGGACCCAGUACCUCAAAGUAAUGGAGCAGUCCGCUUCUUCUGCGACCCCACCUUCUGGGCCAAGAAUGUGGUUAACCUUGGCAAUCUGGUUAUUGAAAAAGUGCCACAUACUGCUCCUCCUCCCCAAAUGAUGGUCAAUCAGCAGAUCUCUCCCAGUCACAAUCACCCAGGUAAGCACUCAGGACAGAUCAACCUGGCCCAGCUGAGGUUGCAGCACAUGCAGCAGGCUGCAAUCGCUCAGAAGCACCAGCACCAACAGCAGCAGCAGCACCAACAACAGCAGCAGCAGCAGCAGCAGCAGCAACAAAUUCAGCAGCAGAUGCGCAUCGCCUCACAGAUGUCCCAGCAUCCCAGACAAGGAGGUCCACCACAGAUAACCAGUAUACAGCAACCGCCACCAAGGCUCAUUAGUAUGCAGGCCCUCCAGAGGGGUGGGGUCAAUGGCUCCUCCCACAUGUAUCCACCUCAUCACAUGCGCAUGGUAUCAGCGCAGAACCGCAUGCCUUCAGUGCAGCCCCGACUCAACGGGCAACCAUAUCCUAUGAUGCAGCCUCAAUUACAGAGACAGCACUCUAAUCCUGGGCAUGCUGGGCCCUUCCCUGUGGCGUCGCUACACAACAUUAGUGCUGCCAACCCCACCAGUCCCACCAGUGCCAGUAUGGCCAAUGCCUACAUUCACCGUGGCCCCACUAGUCCUGUUGUCGCCCCCAUAGAGCUCAUACCAUCAGUCACCAACCCCGAAAACCUGCCUUGCCUGCCUGACAUCCCUCCCAUUCAGCUUGAAGAUGCCGGUUCGAGCACACUGGAUAACAUUCUCAGUCGAUAUAUUUCUGCUAGUUCAUAUCCUGCUGUUGGCCCCACCAAUCCCUCACCGGGACCUUCUACACAUUCCCCAGGAUCGUCAGGUUUAUCUAAUUCUCACACUCCAGCUCGUCCAUCCAGCACGUCAAGCACGGGCAGCAGGGGCAGUUGUGGGUCAGCUGGUAGACCUGGGAUGGGGAACACGGCAGUGGACCAGGUGAAGGUCAAACAGGAACCGGGAGUUGAGGAAGAAUGUAGCUAUUCUGGAGCAAACGUCAAAACAGAGCACUGUAAAGAUGGCAGACGGAGUGCUUGCAUGAUGAGCAGCCCAGAAGGAAGCCUAACUCCCCCUCUUCCUGUCCUUGGCUCCGUGUCCACCGGUUCAGUCCAGGACAUUUUAAGAACACUUGGUGAAAAUGUUAAAUCUGAACCACAGAGCAAUCAGCGCUCAUCCUGUACGAAGUCAAACUCCAGCGCACCUCUAACCAAUGGGACCACCGCGUCAAAUGGUAGUCAGCAGGGGAGCACCGCUAACGCCAACAGCCAGACCACUGUAGGAAAGGAAGACGACCCAAACGAGGACUGGUGUGGCGUGUGUCAGAAUGGAGGAGAACUGCUGUGCUGUGAUCGCUGUCCUAAAGUCUUCCACAUGACCUGCCAUAUCCCAACACUCAAAUCUUCUCCCAGUGGAGAUUGGAUGUGCACCUUCUGCAGAAGUCUCACAAAUCCAGAGAUGGAAUACAACUGUGAUGACGAUCCACCCAGUAAGAAGGACAAGAGUGAGACGGCAAUGAGUCCAGAGGACCAGCGACGUUGUGAGCGCUUGCUGCUGCACGUGUUUUGUCAUGAGCUCAGUACAGAAUUUCAAGAGCCUGUUCCUAUAUCGGUACCCAAUUACUAUAAAAUAAUAAAGCAUCCUAUGGAUUUGACCCUGGUAAAGCGGAAACUGCAGCGAAAACAUCCUCUGCAUUACAAGAGUCCUAAAGAGUUUGUGUCCGACGUGCGCCUGGUCUUUAGCAAUUGUGCCAAAUAUAAUGAGAUGUCUCGAAUAAUCCAGGUUUAUGAUGAGGAGAAACAGAGUAAUGUUCAGGCCGACUCGGAAGUGGCAGAGGCGGGCAAAGCCGUGAGUCUGCAUUUCGAGGAGAAACUGCUGGAGAUUUUUCCCGACCAGACGUUCCCAGUAGUCAUGGAGAAGGAGAUGCAAGCGGAGGCCGAUAAGGAUUCGGAGGACUCUGACGAUGACGUCGUACAACCGAAACGCAAACGCUUAAAAGUGGACACCGAGAAGCUGUUGCACAUCAAGUGAAGAAAAUGAGGAAACGUCUGCAAGAAAUAAACUGUCUUCCUCUCAAGCUCAGUCUUAUUCUGCCUUCUGAAGGGCAUUAGAAUGCUGGAACUGAUGCGAUUCAAAUGCUUAGUUUAUUUCAUAUUCUCUCAAACCCUGACGAACCAUUGUACAUACAGCGUGAGAACUCUUACACAUGCAUUGUGGACGUUGGCGUCUUCAUCGGAGGAUCGAUGAAUGAAUUGUUGGGUGUCGAUGAAGACACUUGUACAGAUUUAAAUUAGUCUUGUUUUGGUCUGAUUUAGUAAAUAUCAUUUUUAUUUUUUUUCUUUCUUAAACUAUGAGUUAUUAUUAUAUUUGUAAAUCUAUUGUGAAUGAUACUUUAUAAAUGAUACUCGUCGCUCCCUUCUGUUGUAUGAUAAAGUUUAUCAUAUAUGGCCCACCUGCUUCCUUUGCAUGUGUAUUUUCUUAUUCCUACAGUUGAAAUCCCUUCAGUAGGAGAAAGUUUGAUCUUUAUUUCCAAUAAAACGGUGACUUCUG